AUGUCAGAUUUACCAGUUAACCCUAUUGUCAUUGUAGGAGGAGGAUUGGCCGGGUUGUCCGCAGCCCAUCAAGUUUACUUGCGCGGAGGUAAUGUUGUUUUGUUGGACAAGCAAGGAUUCUUAUCAGGAAACAGUGGUAAAGCAACCUCCGGUAUUAAUGGCGCAUUGACGAGAACACAAACUAAAUUGAAAAUUGACGACUCAGUCGAUAAGUUUUAUGAGGAUACUUUGAAAACAGCAAAAGAUAGGGCAAACCCAGCUUUGAUUAAAGUUUUAACCUACAAUUCUGCUGAUGCUGUGCAUUGGUUACAAGAAGUGUUUGGGUUAGAUUUAACAGUGGUGCUGAGAUUAGGAGGCCAUUCACAACCCAGAACUCAUCGUGGGCAUGACUCAAAGUUCCCUGGAAUGGCUAUUACUUAUAGAUUGUUGGAGACUUUGGAAAAAUUGAGUGAAGAUGAACCUGAUCGAGUGGCAAUAUUGAAACAAUGCCAAGUCAUUGAUUUGGUAACGGAAGGAGAAGACAAGGUAGUUGGUGUCAAGUAUAAGAAUUUGCAAGAUAAGUCAAAGUCAGAAGUUUAUGGGCCAGUAAUUAUGUCCACUGGUGGAUACGCUGCUGAUUUCACCAAAAACAGUUUAUUGCGCAAGUACCGUCCUGAUAUUAUUGAUUUACCAUCAACCAACGGAGUCCAUGCAACGGGAGAUGGACAAAAGAUUAUUAUGAAGAAUCAUGGUGUUGGUAUUGAUAUGGAUAAAGUUCAAGUUCAUCCUACAGGGUUAAUCGACUUUAACGAUAAAGAUGUGAUUGAUGGCAAGACUCAACCUCGAUUCUUAUUCCUUGGUGCCGAGGCAUUGCGUGGAGAAGGAGGUAUUAUGUUGAAUGGUAAAGGUGAUCGUUUUGUUGAUGAGUUGGGUACUAGAGAUUGGGUAUCGGGCGAAAUGGAGAAACAAAACAAGGCAGGCAAUGGACCAAUAAGAUUGGUAUUAAGUGAGGAAUCGGAAAAGAAAUUGGAGUUCCAUAUCAAACAUUAUACACAGAGAAAUUUGAUGAGAACAGUUACAGGCAAACAAUUGUGCGAGGAAAUUGGAUGCAGUGAAGAACAUUUGAAACAGCAAUUGGAUACUUAUAAUAAAGCGGCCAAAGGUGAAAUUGAGGAUCCCUAUGGCAAGAAAUUUUUCCCAGCCACACCGUUUGAGUAUAAGUCCGAAGCAAAGUAUCAUGUGUCGUUUAUAACUAGAGUAUUACAUUUCACUAUGGGUGGAGUCAAGAUCAAUGACAAGUCACAGGUUCUCACUGAUAAGGAUACUCCAUUUGAAGGCUUGUAUGCUGCAGGUGAAGUCGCCGGUGGUGUUCAUGGACACAAUAGGUUAGGAGGAUCGUCCUUAUUAGCUUGCGUUGUUUAUGGAAGAUUAGCAGCUGAUGAAGCAUGCAGCUAUGAGUUGCAAAAGUUGAGUAAAUCCAAAGACGAAGGCAGUGGUGGAGGAGAAGGAUCAGGAAACAAUGCUACUCAAAGGUUGAACAUGAUUAAUCUACACAUUGAUCCAAAUACCAAUAGAAUAAUUAUUGACAUGAACAACCACAGCUCGUCUUCUGGUGAGUCUUCAACUGAGAGUGCCGAACCACCAAAGCAACAGCCUAAACUGGAACCACCUGCCAAGUCAAAGCAGCAAGCCAAAGACAGGGCCAGUACAUUCUCCAUCCCCGACAAAGAAUUUACCCCAGAAGAAGUCGCCAAGCACAAUACCAAGGAGGAUUGUUGGUGCAUCAUCAAGAAUGUUGUUGUUAAUUUGACUGCAUUCUUGGAUCAACAUCCCGGUGGUGCUGCAUCUAUAACUAACUUCGGCGGUAGAGAUGCAACUGAAAGUUUUGAAAUGUUACACGAAGACAAUUUCAUUCCCAAGUAUGUACCAAAUUGCGUAUUGGGCAGAAUGAAGGGAACUAAACCUGAUUUGGACUUGUGA